GCAUACUUCUGAAAAUAUCACCUCGUCAGUGGUCUAUAAUAUAAUUAACCAUUGGAUGGUUCAGACGACUAACUCAUGUAUCUUAUGUGAAUUAUUUGCAGAUGUGGACAAAGCUUCAUGAAGUUGGCAGUGAAAUGAUUGCUCUUUCAAAGAGCCUUUCAGAAAUAUCAAGGGCUUGUUUCCGUGCUCAGGUGAGCAGUUCAAUGCUUGAAAACACUGAAGAUGCAAAAGAGGAGGCAAUUGCUAAAAUGGAAGAAGCAGAGACCUAUGGUGUAAAUAAAAGAUGUGCUUGCCAAUGUUGUGGGGAAAAAGCAGAUGGCACGGAUAGUUUAGCUUGUGAUUCAUGUGAGGAGAUUUACCAUGUCUCUUGUGUUGAGCCUAUUGUUAAAGAUAUUCCCCUAAGAAGUUGGUAUUGUGCCAAAUGUACUGCGAAAGGAAUUGAAUCGCCCCAUGACAACUGUGUAGUAUGUGAAAGACUCAAUGCGUCUAGAUCAGUGAUUAUUGAAGAUGUGGUUGAAGACCUUACAUCUGAAGACAUGCUUCUGGAUUUGGAGGAGAGUGCAAAUGGUUUAGAGGAUGAAGAAAAACUGUCUGAAGGAGUUGGUGAUUUGCCGCACUGUUGCAACAUAUGUAAAACUGAGGUGAGGAGUGAUGAAGAUUUUAGAGAAUGUGGUCAUCCCUUCUGCCCUCACAAAUGUUACCAUGAGAGGUGCUUGACUAGAAAGCAGUUGGAUGUUUAUGGCCCUUGCUGGUACUGCCCGUCGUGUCUCUGUAGAGCUUGCCUUAAAGAUUGUGAUGAUGACAAAAUUGUACUUUGUGACGGCUGCGAUCACGCUUAUCAUAUUUUCUGCAUGCAGCCACCACAGACUUCAAUACCUAGUGGGAAAUGGUUUUGCAAAAAAUGUAAUGUGCAGAUACAGCGUAUACACAAAGCAAAAAGGACAUUUGAGACUUUGCAAAAUGAAUUGAAGAAGAAAAAUGAACAAUGUGCAGGAUUAGGUGUACCAAAAGGUAAGAAUGAGGAAGGUUUACAUAAAUCUGGAGGCGUGGAAAUGCUUCUAAAUGCUGCUAAAACUCUGAACUACCAGGAGGAAUCAGCUGCUUUAGGAUCAAAAGACCGAUAGGACUCGAUUAUUGCAUGAAUCAUGGUAGCUCUGUAU